ACUAUAAACAACAUUUUAUAGUAAUGUACAAAGCAUCCUUUACGAUAUGCCGUAAUUAGGUAUCUGUUUCCUUUUUGCACGCUGUGGAAAUUUAACAAAAUAUGGCAGAGGCAAUGAGAGCAACAGUUGCCUCCUUAUUACGAGGAAUAGAAAGGUACAACCCAGAGAAUCUUAUAACACUAGAGCGCUAUGUGGAAAUGCAGGCUCGAGAGAACACAUAUGACCUGGAAGCAAACCUAGCAAUUCUCAAGCUCUACCAGUUUAACCCAGGCUAUUUCCAGAUUGGGAUGACUGCUACAAUACUUCUAAAAGCCUUGACCAAUCUUCCACAUACAGACUUCAUGCUCUGCAAAUGUCUUAUAGAUACAGUCAGACAAGAUGAAGACCAGAUUUUAAAAAUUCUUCACCUGGCCUACCUCCUGGAAACGUGUCAGUUCAGGGCAUUCUGGACCGAGCUUCAAACUCAUCCUGAUAUAAUAGCUGGAAUUCUGGGAUUUGAGGAUUCCAUACGCAAAUUUGUGUGUCAUGUGGUAGGUGCUACAUACCAGACAAUACCUGUGAAGACCCUACAGGAGUUGCUAGGAGACAUUACAGAGUCCCUUGUGAACCAGUGGAUAUCAAAGUAUGGCUGGACACUGAUGGAGGAUGAAAUGGUUUUUAUAGUUAGCCAAGAGGAAAACAUCAAAACGAAAAACAUCACAGAAAAAAUUACAUUUGACAGUGUAGCAGCUGUCAUGGCAAGUGCACGGUGAUAUCAUGAAAACUAGAUUUUAAAAUUAAGAAAGAAAACUACUUUACAACACGACAAACAUUUUGGUAACAUUUCUGGAAUGGAAUAGCUGGUUAUAGUAACUGUUGACUGGUGAUAUCAUUCUGUAGAUACUGGAAUCGGACAACAUGACUUUUGAACCAAAUCCUAGACUUACGGAAAACUUCACUUUUUAGCCUUAAAGAAAUAUCUAGAAUUUGUCAAACAUUAUAAUGCUGUUGUGUCAUAACAGAUGUGCAAACAGAAAUAAAGCUUUGUUGUCACUGAUGUUA